AUGCCUAGAGCCCUGGCCUAUAGAGGUUUAUAUCACAAACAUAAUCUUACCCUGGGCAUCGUGGCCUGCCAUUUUGUAAAUGAACUUAUUGAGGACAGAUCAGGAAUAUUUUUAAGGGUAUCUUGCAAUAUAUUCAGAACUCUCCCUCCUAGUGACAGCAACGAAUUUGAUCCAGAAGAAGAUGAACCUACCCUUGAGGCGUCAUGGCCACACUUACAGCUUAUAUAUGAAUUUUUCAUCCGAUUUUUGGAAAGCCAAGAAUUCCAACCUAGCAUUGCCAAAAAAUAUAUAGAUCAGAAAUUUGUAUUACAGCUUUUGGAGCUAUUUGACAGUGAAGACCCUCGGGAACGGGACUACUUAAAAACAGUCUUACACAGAAUUUAUGGCAAGUUUCUUGGUCUUAGAGCAUUUAUCCGAAAACAGAUUAACAAUAUUUUUCUAAGGUUUGUUUAUGAAACAGAACACUUCAAUGGUGUAGCUGAACUGCUGGAAAUAUUAGGAAGUAUUAUCGAUGGCUUUGCUUUACCUCUUAAGGCGGAACACAAACAGUUCCUGGUGAAAGUGUUGAUCCCUUUACACACCGUCAGGAGCUUAUCACUCUUCCAUGCCCAGCUGCCGUAUUGUAUAGUACAGUUUCUGGAGAAAGAUCCUUUACUCACAGAACCAGUUAUUAGGGGUUUAAUGAAAUUUUGGCCUAAAACAUGUAGUCAAAAAGAGGUCAUGUUCCUUGGGGAGCUGGAAGAAAUAUUGGAUGUUAUUGAACCUUCACAAUUUGUUAAAAUUCAAGAACCUUUGUUUAAACAAAUUGCCAAGUGUGUAUCUAGCCCCCAUUUUCAGGUGGCAGAAAGGGCACUCUAUUAUUGGAAUAAUGAAUACAUCAUGAGUUUGAUAGAAGAAAACUCUAAUGUCAUCCUUCCCAUCAUGUUUUCCAGUCUUUAUAGGAUUUCGAAAGAGCAUUGGAAUCUGUAG